AACACUCGCCGACCAAUGGCAAGCGGCGGAGGUCGGGGUGACUCCGCCCCCCUGGCGGGCGGCGGGCUGGGGUCGCGGCGCCUUGCCAUGGUGCGGGCGUUCGUGCUGCUGGCGCUGGGCGGGCCGGGGGGCGCCUCCUCCCCGGGCCCCGCCCCCUGCCGCGUGCUGUACGCGCGAGUCUUCGGGACUCCCUCCGGGACCCCCGCGGGGCCGCCACGGGAGCGCCUUCGCCGCAAAGAGCAGCUGCUGGCUGUGGCCAGGCAAGUGGCCUCCCAGUGCCAGCUGCUUCAGUCAUCCUCGGGAUGCCCAUCCUCCCCCCAGCUCCCCGACGAGCCGAUAUCGCUACAAGGUGCCCCGGGAGGGCUUUUCCAGCUGCCCCCUGGAGACCCCUUCCCUGAAAGGGUGACAGUAGCCUGGCUGUCGGUGUUAGCCCUGGCCUUUGCCUUGGUUUGUGACCCCCAAGAGAAUUUAUCGUUGGCCGAAAUCACCCUGCACCGCCUGGCCCCCCGCCUGCUCACCUCCUUGCGCCUGCUUGGCCCCGGUGCUGAUGUCCUGCUCCGACCAGAGACCACUGACAUCCUCCUGGAUCACCUCCUGCCCCACGGACAGAUGCUUUUCCUCAAUGAACGUUUCCUCCAAGCGAUGGACCGGGAGAUGGGCAUCAAAACACCCCGUUGAGCUACAAUCGACAUCCCCACCCCAGCACCCCCCAGUAUUUCGGGGAGGAGAGACAAGGGACGGAUCUGAGAUGGUCACCAAGCCCCAGUGGGAUGGACGUGGGAAAUGCAGCUGGGGAAUAAAGAGCAACGAGCCAGCAAA